AUGCCCGACGUCACCGUCAUCCACGACCUCAGCGAGGAAAUUGACGUUGCAUUCUUCUUAGGCGUCCCAACCAACUUCAUAAAUAACCUCCAAUCUGGCGCACGGUGGACGGUAAGCCUAGCGAGCCGGAGUCCCGCUGCCAUGCAUAAUCAAGAAGGAACGACUGUCUUCCUUCUAUAUGAAUCUGUAAUCGAGCUGUUCAUGGGACUUGGAGUAUCGCGGGAGGUAGCAUCAUCUCAAGGCAACAUCGCGGCCAUUACCGCAGCAGUAGUGCCCGUCGAACAGCAAACAAAGUUUGAUAAAGGGACGAAAGCGGUUACAGUGAUAGUAAGGGGAAGCACUGCAAUGGCAGGGACGGGGUAGGGUAUAAGAAGGUGCCAGGCAUGCAACCACGCAGUCAGUUGAAUCCACCGUCCUUCCUUGCUAGUCUCCUGGUAAUAUCAAAACAAUCUGAAC